CGCAGCCGGACGGUCGCCGAACUCAAGUCAAGUGCCAGUGUAGUGCGCGGUGGUGCCCGGUGUCGUGUGUGCCGAGCGGGUCAAUAAACAACAAAGCAGUCAAAACAGAGGCGGAUACCACCGCAGCUUAGAGCGUACACCACCACGACGCUGUCGGGGUCGUUCUCUUUUUGCCCAGCGUCAGCGUGAGCGCGUGUCUGUGUGGUGUGUCGGUCACAAAGAGUAUCGACAGCGCAGCGCGCGCACCGAGCACCGGUGAGGUUGUUGACGGCCGGGCGAAGGCUACGCAUGCGCGUGUGCGCGCCCCCCGAGAGCAGGGCGAGGUUGUCGGUCGCAGCGAGCCGCCAUCCCAGCGUACGCACCAGUAUAUCUUAUCGUAUCGGGGGCAACGAGCGGGUUUCGAAUUCGAACGACUAUCGAGUAGCUGUAGCGCUCUUCCUAGAGCCCCCCACUUCCGUGGCUUUCCACGGAAGUGCGCGCGGAAUCAAAGUGACCCUGUGGCCUGACAUCUCCCGUGAAACUAGUGCUCAGGAAGUGGUGGCGAGGAAGGCGAAAAAGGGAACGUCAGAGGAAUGACACACGGCCCGGCACCGGCUAGCCGGCAGCGGCAGCAGCAGCAGCAGCAGCUGGUCAGCGAUAUCGAGCACACCUCCUCCAAGGACGACCUACCGGGGCUCCCAACGCCGCCCGACGGGGGCUGGGGCUGGAUGGUGGUGUUGGCCUCAUUCAGCAUCCACAUUGUCACGGAUGGGCUGACCUACUCGUUCGGUAUAUUCUACUCGGAGUUCCUGACCUACUUCAACGAAGGCAAAGGCUACACGGCCUGGAUCGCGUCGAUCCUCGUCGGUGUCACGCUCUGCUCGGGUCCCAUCUCAUCGUCGCUGGUGAACCGGUACGGGUGCCGUGCGGUGACGAUAGCCGGUGCGCUGCUGGCCAGCGCUUCGCUCGCGGUCAGCAUGUACGCCACCAGCGUGUUCAUGCUGUUCAUCACGAUCGGGCUCGGGACCGGGCUUGGGCUCGGUCUGAUCUACCUGCCGGCCAUCGUCAGCGUGACGAUGUACUUCGAGCGGCUCCGUUCGCUCGCGACCGGGAUCGCCGUGUGCGGGUCGGGCCUCGGUACGUCCAUCUUUGCGCCGCUCACCGAGACCCUGAUCAAGCGCUACCAGUGGCAGGGCGCCAUGCUGGCGAUUGCCGGCAUCGUGCUGAUCUGCGUCGUGUUCGGCUGGAUGUUCCGUCCGCUCACCGCCGACGAUGGCGGCGGCAAGAGCCGCGAUCUAGAGGGCGCCACCUUCCCGCUGCAACAUUCCAACACCGCUCCACUUGGCGAACCGAAGCAAACGGCCGAUGGCGAGACGAGCAACCUGACACGUUCCAACAGCUACGGCAUCCUGGGCGGCAACACUCCACGGAUCAAUCUGAACGCGAAUGGUCACUCCGUCAGUGGGGACACCCUGGACAAGCGUCCAGCACCAGUCGGCGGUGGGCAGCUGGUGGACGAGGUGAAGCGUUUGCGGCAGAGCCAACCGCUACUGGCUGGAGGAUCGGCCACCGCCGAGCAGCAGCCGGGCCAGGCACUGAAGCGUGCCGAAAGCGGCACCAUGUACCGGAAGGACGCCCUCUACACCGGCUCGGUGCAUAACAUGGCGUCGAGGCACCCGUCGCAGACGACCCUGUCGGAGUACGAGAAGGGCAGUUACGGCUCGGUGGUGCAGGGCACGGGCCCCCGGAGCCGCCACCAGCGCGGAUCGGUCGCACCCGAGACGGCCGACCCGGACACGGAGCGAUGCCUUGGGUGUGUGCCGUGCUCACGCGAAACCUGCGACACGUUCCGCGAGAUGAUGAACUUCUCGAUCCUGCGGGACCCGGUGUUCAUCGUGUUCACCGUGUCCAACUUCCUCACCAGCAUCGGGUUCAACGUGCCGUACGUCUAUCUGACCGAGCAGGCCCUGGCGAUCGGCAUCGACACGCAGCACUCGAGCUAUCUGAUCGGUAUCAUCGGCAUCGCCAACACGGUCGGCCGGAUCGUGCUGGGCUACAUCUCGGACAAGCCGUGGGUCAACCGGCUGGCGGUGUACAACUGCUCGCUGACCGUGUGCGGCGUGGCGACGGCCUGCUCGGUGCUGUGCACCAGCUACGAGAGCCUCGCCGUUUACUCGGCCGUGUUCGGCUUCACGAUCGGUGCGUACGUCGGGCUCACCUCCGUCAUCCUGGUCGACCUGCUCGGGCUGGAGAAGCUGACCAACGCGUUCGGGUUGCUGCUGCUGUUCCAGGGCAUCGCUUCAUUCCUUGGCCCACCGAUCGCUGGUUGGUUGUACGACUUUACGCUCUCGUACGGGCCCGGCUUCCUGAUGGCGGGAUCGACGAUCGCCAUCAGCGGCGUCAUGCUGUUCGCCAUCCCGCUCAUGCAGCGGUGCGCGAUGCGUCGCACGGCCAACGGUGACCGUGCGAUCACAGCAGCAGCCCACGGCAGCUCGUAGUACGUAGGUAGCGCGUAGAGGAACCCACACAUUGGGAGCCACGUCCACAUGAUCCCGAGAUCGCGAGCGAAGUGCUUGAGCUACCACUUGGGACAACCUCAUACAUCUCCGGUCCGGUUCCGGCAAGGCUUCAUGUAGUGUGUCGUGGGCCACCAUGGUGUCGGUAGUCCAUCGGUGGUCCCUCAUCUGAUCACUGACACACGUGCGGGACACGUCGUUGGUAGAGAUUAAGGAGAUUUUGUUUACGCCACGUUCGUGGGUUCGUCGAAUAAAUGUCAAACUAAUGGUGAGAAGCCACGGGCAUACUUGGGGCCGCUGGCAAUCGAAGAACCGAAGGAAGACGGAUCAGAAGGAAGAGUCCACUGCAUGGGUGUUUUACCUGGGAUACCCCGGGAGUCCACCCCGGAUUGUCAUGGUUCGGUGUCGGUCGGAUGCAGUUUCGUAGUGCCGAAUAAGUACAGGGACUCUUAGAAUUCAUUCAUCUGGAUCGAGGAUGAGGCGACGCUUCCAGGUCCUGGGCUGUGUUGCUGUCACCCAUUCGGAAGAUCUGAUUCAGGAACAGUCCCAGCACAUGGACCAAGCAGAAAGCGCAUGUUCGAAUGAAUAUUGGCGGCGAAGCUGCUGUCGACUCGAAGCGGAUCUAUGGUACACGGAAGGUGUUGAUGAUGGCUGAUGCAAAACAGGAUACUGGACUGAGAGAGUCACCCCAGAGUCGUCGGUUCUCAAACCCGAUCGAGAACCUGUAGAUGGACGCAGUGAGAAUUAAUGUUGUGGACCGAAUGGAAACGCUUGUGCAUCGACACACUUUAUUCACUUGGAACCGUGAUCUAAUCCGUGCCUCAAAGAAGCAAAGCGGCUACGUAAACAACAUAUUCUCUGACAAGUGUUGAGUAUUGAAAAUAUAAAGAUUGAAUGUUUUUUUCUUUAAUUUUAACAAUUUCAUCCACUCCUGUGUGAUUAGUAACGAGUUUUAUCUUCUUCUGGUGGUUC